UUGCAGCGAGCCGGGCUCACCUCUGACUGUCCGGGGACAUGACUGGCACACCAGGAGCUGCUACCGCUGGGGAUGGCGAGGCCCCUGAGCGCUCCCCGCCCUUCAGUCCGAACUACGAUCUCACCGGCAAGGUGAUGCUUCUUGGAGACUCAGGCGUCGGCAAAACCUGUUUCCUGAUCCAAUUCAAAGACGGGGCCUUCCUAUCCGGAACCUUCAUAGCCACCGUCGGCAUAGACUUCAGGAAUAAAGUGGUGACAGUGGAUGGUGCCAGGGUGAAGCUUCAGAUCUGGGACACUGCAGGACAGGAGCGCUUCCGCAGUGUGACCCAUGCUUAUUACCGAGAUGCUCAGGCUUUGCUCCUGUUGUAUGACAUCACCAACCAGUCUUCUUUUGACAACAUCAGGGCCUGGCUCACAGAGAUUCAUGAGUAUGCCCAGAGGGAUGUGGUGAUCAUGCUGCUAGGCAACAAGGCGGAUGUAAGCAGCGAAAGGGUGAUCCGCUCUGAGGAUGGAGAGACACUGGCCAGGGAGUAUGGUGUUCCCUUCAUGGAGACCAGUGCCAAGACUGGCAUGAACGUGGAGUUGGCCUUUCUGGCAAUUGCCAAGGAGCUGAAAUACCGUGCAGGGAGGCAGCCUGAUGAGCCCAGCUUCCAGAUCCGAGAUUAUGUGGAGUCUCAGAAGAAGCGCUCCAGCUGCUGCUCCUUUGUGUGACUCCCGAGGGGCUAAGAGGAGGUCCAGAGACCCUUGGGGAUGCAGUGACUCCAACUGCCACACCAACUAGGAGAAGCUGGGGGGGGUCAGUGGACAGCCGCUGCCAGGGAGGUAGCCAUUACCCUAGUUUCUUUAGCUUCCCUGCAUCAUGGGAAGGGUUAAAUACUCAUACUUUAUCUUAAUAUACGUAAACUGAUAACAUAAAAGGUACCAGUGUGCCCCCAAAACCAAAAUAGGUAGGUCUUUUGCUUUCUGGCACUAAAUUCUAAAAGGCUGGGGCUCUCUCCUAGCAAGAGUGUUACUGCACAAGUAUGACACCAGGUGGCGCCAAAGCACUGCUAGGGUGUGGGAGCUGGUUGUGACCCCCAUCCCCACUCCUCACUAAGGAGGUGAAGGAGACCCCAGACUUCUCUUCCUCCAGCUCCCAGAAAGACAGCCUUUUCCAAUAAGAAGGGCCUUAGUGCUGGGAGCUAGCUCAAAGCCUCGGAAAAGAUAAACACGGAGAUCGUUGUAAGAAGAAUAGCAAUUACUGGGGUGAGUCUGCCCAGCUAUACCUCUGGCUUUCCGACCCUCUUGGAAGCCUGCACACGCUUCUUUUCUAGCACACACGCACAGUGAAGUACCUGAAAACAUCCUUUUCUGUUCUCUGGACCUCACAUCCCAGGGGAUGCCCGGCUCUCCCAUGGAACCUCUCCCAUCAGCUUUCCACCUAGGUUCCUAGGCACCAGACUUCAGAGUCUGGAAAAAAUUCCCCUCCCUCCCUCCCAAUCCUAAGACAAGGUGUACAGCACCUCAGCUAGGUAAGGCAGAGGUCAGAGCCAGAUAAAGAACUUGUUGGCUCCUAGAAUGGGUGGGAGGCAGAACUGAACAAACCCAUAGUCCAGUUUUUCCCAUUAAGCCCCAGCUCUCUGUCCUCCCCCGCUCUUUUAACUUCAGACUAAUACUAGAGCAAAAUGGGGUUGAGAGGGUGGGAAGUCCAUUUUGGGGUGAGCUGAUGUAAUGUGUGCAAAACAAGGUAGUGUGGGCAAGUCUGGGGUACGGAGGAGGGCAACAAGGAAGUCCUGAAGGUCCAAGGCCAUGUGUCUCCCAAAGCUCUGAUCUGACCCUUGGAAGGAAGGACACUUGGAGGUGAACGGAUCCAUGACCUACCUACAAGGAAGCUUUACUACAUCUCUGUAGGUUGGGCAGCAACUGAGGCUCCAGGAAAGUAUGCAUUACACAUUUCUGAGGUUACUGUACUUAUUUGCUUUCAAGGCAGAAAUCUUGCUCCCAGAGCAAAGUCAGCACUCUAGACGGGUUGAUAAGGAAGCUCUCUGUGACCUCUCAUAGGCAGAUCAGGGAGGAGCCUGGGCUCCUGGUUCUCUUCUGGGGCUCUGAGCAGAUUGCUGGAGCUCUAGUCACAUAGCUCUGGGCCUCUGGCACUUGUGUUUUUCAGAAUUAAAUUGCAGUAUUUUGGAAAAUAUACUCUGACCGGUUUUUCCCCCCCGUUUAUUCCCAGAAGAAGGAUCGUGUUAGAGAGUUUGUUAUGUGGCACGUUGUGGGAAACUGUUUUCCCAAUGUUCGAAUUGUUCCAUCCUCACCCAUUGGUGUCCUCAUACGUUUAACUCAUCCUUAACUGAUUACCCUCCCCCCAGCCUCUGUGGCCACAUCUGCGCUGGCAAGAGGGAGCUGGAAUGCUUAUCUUACAAUCCAAGUCAUUUUUCUUUCUGUUGAACAAAGCCAGUCUUCCAUUCCCUCUGGAGUGAAUCCUGAGAUUGACUACCUAGCUGUCUCACCCAACCUCUCUCCGUGGCUAAAGGCUACUGCCAAAACUAAGCCCUUUAUUAUUUAUUUAUCUGUUCUCAAGCAGCCUGUCUUCCAAGUGGGCUGCAAGGAGCCUCAGUAUCUCUACCAAGCCCCACACGUUUCUAGAAGGGAUCUGAGCCCAAACCUGUCUAUGUGCCAAGUCCUGCGAUAACGCGGUGGCUCCACAAGUAGAAACUUUGUUAUUUAAACAA